AUGAAUGAUUCUUCUGCUACUACUACCAAUACUACUAAUAACAAACAUAAUAGUAGUCACAAGUCAAUCAACAUCAAAAAUCAUUUCCUGUUAAUGGAAAAACUUGUUCAUUGUAGAUUUUUUGCAAAUUCUGAUUUAAAUGCUUACGGUUUACCACCUUUGUAUCAUUAUACAUUUCUCGAUUUAUCAUAUACGUCAUCAGUGAAUAAUGAUGGUCAUCAUGUCAAUGAAGAAUCAGAAAUAUUACGUAGGAAAAUUGAUGAAUUAACUUCGGUGAUGUAUAAUGCUGCGCAUAAGAUCCUUAUCAUGAAUCAUACAGCUGAGGCAUUGUUACCAUCAAAUACAUCGAUCGUCUCAACACAUCUCUCUCAAUCAUUUUUACAAUUAUCAAUACCGAAAUUAUAUUAUUUAGCUGACAGUGUAGUAAAACAGCUGACUAUUGAAAUGUUCAAUGCUCAGUUAUCACCAAUUAUGGAAGUGAAUCAAUUUAUAUUUGAAUUGAAUAAACGUCUUUCUGAUUUAUUACCUCAUCCAAUGAGAAUUUGUUUUCCAUCGCGUAAUAACAAGAAAAGUAUCAACAAUCCUCGUACUUCAGAUCAUGAUCAUCAUCAUCAUCAUCACUGUUCAUCUUCAUUACAUGUUACUUCUACCAAUCGGCAUGGAUUUUAUACAUAUUCUGAAAGAAAAAGUAUUUUAUUAUUUCUUAAUUAUAUUGGUACAAUUCUACAUGUGAAUUAUCAUAAAUUAUUGAAAAAUUAUAUAUUUUUAUCACCUUCAUGGUUAUUGAAUGCCAUAUUGACAAUAAUGAUACAUUUACAUAAUAAACAAUUAUUAGGUAUGUUUAAUAAUUAUUGUACAUUAUUGAUCAACAACACCACUACCACCACCACUAUUGUACAACAGGAGCAUCCUGGUGAAUCGGUACAAUAUUCACCAGAUAUUAGACGAUUAAGGCAUCAAGUCGGUGAUAAUAAUCAUAUGGAACAUGAUGAUUCUUCGCAUUCGAAACGUAAUUUAGCUGUGAUCAAUUCAUCGUAUUUAAUCGAUUUGAUGAAAUGUUUCAUCAAACGUACCAGCUCAACGACCACCAAUCAUAACAAUCAUGAUCAUAUUUAUUCAACUUACAAUAACACCAUACCAUUGGAGGAUAUUUUUAUGCGAUUAUUUCAACAGUUUGAUUUGAUUGUAUCGAUUAUGAGUAAUCGUGAUGAUGACGGUGUUGUUGAUGAUGUUCACAGAUAUGAAGAGUCUCUUCAUUUUAGGAAUAAGAACAGAAGGUUGACAAAACAAUUAAUAUUAUUGCCAUCAUUAUUGGCUGCACGUUGUUUUCAACCGAAACGUUUACAUUCUUAUUUUAAACCAGCAGUAAUUCGAUAUAAGUCGAACUAUCCACCUACGAAACAAAGACCAUGUCUUCGUUCUCAAUCACUUGAUCUUUCAACUUAUCGAUCGAGGCACAAUUUACACCAACAGCAACCUGUAAAUAAUGUGAAUAAAAUUGACAAUGAUCAGUCACAAUUAUUAAGUUGGUGUGUUCAUACUUCAGUGAGUAAAGAAAUUGUUCGACUGUAUGCUGUUACUUAUAUACCACCUGGAUUUUGGAUUGAAUUAAAUAGACGACUAUUGAAUGAUCGAAGUUUACAUGAAAUUUGUGGACGUAUUUAUAAUUUAUCAAAAUUGCCGCCCAAGUUGUUUGAACAAUUAAUCAAUAACAAUUCAGAACAUAAUGACAAUUUCAUUCCUAACUAUUCAUCCAAUGGCACUAUUCAUACUGAUGUUGAUGCCGAUGAUGCCGAUGAUGAUGAUGAUGAUGAUGAUGAUGAUGUUGAUGAGAAUAUUGACAAUGGUGGUCGUCAUACAUCAUCACACUGUAAUCAUCGUGAUAAUCACAAUUUAAAACCUGAAUGGACAAUAUGGAAACGUGGUAUGCGUUUAUCACUUGGUCAUGGUCAAAUUGGUUUAGCACGUUUACAACAAUUGACACGAGCUAAUUGUGCUUUAUUACGAAAUCAAUCACUCAAAAAAUCAUUAAUAAAUCUAACCAACACUCGACCAUUAUCAUCACCAUCAUCAUCUUCACGUGCCUUCAUCCCCACAUCGACUGGCUUAAACAAAUCAGAUCCAUUCAUAGCCGAUUUGAUUAUGCAAUCAAAUCAUUUCGAUGAAUGGGAUGAACCAUGUGCUAUUGUCGGUGAAGAAGUUGCAGGAGCAAUAGUUAAACAGCAUUCAAAUAGCUUCAACUCGUAUCAGAAUGAAUUGUUGAUCUCAUCGAAUUUAUCAUUGAAAAACAAUCAUAAUCAUAAUCAUAAUAGUAAUAAUGUGGUUUAUCGUAGUGGUGUUGUUGAAACUAUUAAACAUUCCUAUGAAUCACGGCGAUUACGUUUACUGCAUUGGAUUGUAAAUAAGGAGGAGGAGGAAGAAGGAGCACAAGGGAAAGGAGUACAACAACAACAACAGCAACAUAAACAUGAAUCGUUUCAAUCGGCUUCACCGAUGCUGCCGAUGAUGAUGAGAAAAUCAAUACCAGAAUUGUCAUCAUCAAAUACGAUUGGUCCAACACGUACAGUAGCUGAUUUUAAAAUACGACAUCCACAUGGUUAUUUAACUGAUCGAGAACAUGAUGCAUUUCAAAAUUCAUGCCUAAUUGAAAUAUAUUUACCAAAUUCAAAUAUUUACUGGGAAUAUAAACAAAAUCAUAGAUAUUCAAUGAUCAAUUCUAGUGAAGUACAACAAUAUUCAACGGAAUCUGUCAGUUUCAUUCCACAUAAUCAUUCACGUAUUGGAGAGAAUAAUUAUUUAUGUCCAGAUUCUCGAGCAAUUGCUGAGCUAUUAGUCAAGUUAGUUGGUCAUAUUGACACAUUAUUAGAAGAUUGGUAUCCAGAUCUUGGUGUAAAAUUGAAUCAAUCAAAUGAAGGUGUUUAUUUAGUAGAACGUAUUAUACCAUGCUCUGCAUGUCUUGCUACACCAAAUUGUCAGUUUACUACUACUACUACUACUAAUAAUAGUCAUUCGAUUGACAAUCCACUUCAAAACAUGAUGAAACGUUCUUUGUCUACUUCGUCUGUUGGUAUUAUGAUACAUAAUUCGUUUGAUGGAAUAAAUAAUCAAUAUGCUGGAAACAAGAAAUUAUCUAAAUCUGUACAAUUUUUAAAUUACGCGGAUAAUGAUGAAUUAAAACAAUCAAAUUUGAAUUCAUCUGUAUUAUCAAUAUCCAAUGAUUUAUUAACUAAAAAAGAAUUUGUAAAUUCAUAUUCUGCAAAGAAUAAUAAUAAUAAUAAUAUAAUCACAGAGGAAUAUUCAACACGUCGUAAUUCAUCCAAUUCUUCGAAAUGGUCAUGGCCUUUUAAACGAAAUCGAUAUAAACGAGCUCAUUCAGCAGAUCCAUUGAAAACUACUGAAUUUCACAAAAUCGAUAACAAUAAUCAUAAUAAGAAUAAGAAUAAUAAUGAUUUAAUGAAUCAUCCUCCUCAAUCCACAGCGUACACAUCUUAUGUUUAUGGGAUUAGUAUUAGUGAAUACAUACAUUGGUAUGUAAUGAGGCGAAAUGCUAACAGAUUAUUACAAUCAAACGAAUUACAUUGUCCUGUACAUACAUCAAUUCAAUUAUGGGCACCAGAUUUGCAAUUUAAAGAUAUUCCUUCAACGCAUUUUCUUUCCGCUGAACGUAUUCAUUUAUUACAAUUUCUUGGACGUGGUGCUUUUGGUUCAGUAUUCAGUGGUAUUGUGAAUAAUUCACUUGUUAGUAAACAGCAACACCAGCAGCAACAACAACAACUACUACAUCGACGCCGACAACGACAAUCGCUUUCUAAUCAACUUCCACCAAUAAUGACAGCGAUCAAUCAAUCUAAUGACAAUCAAACCACCAGCAAUAUCAUUCCGAAUGUAGCUGUUAAACUUUGUUCACCUGUACAUCCAAAUUUGAUUAUUGAUGCUGUCAACUCGGUGGAGGUGCAGCAGAACAACAAUUCAUCUACACAAGAUAAGCGUUCUAAUUCAAAUCUAUCUGAUGCGUUUGUUUUAUAUCGUCAAGAACAACGUCGAUGGUUGCGUAAUCCAAUCGAAGCAUGUUUAAGUGCUUAUCAGGAAAUUCGAUCUGAAUUGAAUAUCUUAUUACCAAUUACAAGAAAUUCAUCAUCAUCGUCAUCAUCAUCAUCACAUCCAAUCAAAUUUCAUCAUGAUCAAUCAUCCUGCGCAACAUUAUCAUCACUGUAUCAAAAAAAUACACGUCUUAGUAAAUUCUAUGCUGUACAUCCUAGUUUUUUACAUGAACGACGAUCUAGUCAAAGUUGUUUUCAUAAAUGUUUACAAAAGAGGAAUAAAUGUAACAGUUCGAAGAAUGUCAAGAGUUAUUAUGACAUAAAUAAUAAUACCAGUAAUAUGAAUAGUAAUUUACUUAUUUGUCAUGGUAUUCUUUAUCCAAACCCAAUUGGAUUUGUUAUGCCAUUAGUACCUAUGGGUAAUUUAUCAAAUUAUUUCGCUGCGCUGUUAUCGUCAUAUAAAGAUGUAUUUAAUAUUGUGAACAAUCCUGCGAUUGCUGCGAAUUCUGAAGUCACAGGAACAGCAGGAACAGUGGCAGAAGUUACAACAGGAAGAACAUUGACUGAUCGCAAUGAAUUAUUUCUUAGUCACCCAAUACAUCCAAUUACUAUGAUGUUGAUAGUGAAUCAGAUAUCUAAAGGAUUGGCAUAUCUUCACGGCUUAUCAAUCAUACAUCGUGAUUUGAAAUCAGAAAAUAUAUUAAUUUGGUCAAUACCACCGCCACCACCACAGCCUACUACAACAAGGAUGCCAACAGCAUCGACUAAUUCUAAUCAUCCAUCCGAAGUACAUAUUGUCUUAACUGACUAUGGUGUAAGUCGAUUAAUGUGUGAAGAAGAUAAUUAUGGUUGUAGAGGAUAUGUUGGUACACCAGGUUUUAUGGCACCGGAAAUUUUAGAAUAUUUAGGUGAACAAACAUAUACUUCAAAGGUUGAUAUUUAUGCUUUGGGAAUUUUACUAUGUGAAAUGAUUCAAUUGGAACAACCAUAUAAAAAAUCAUCUGUAUUAUUUUUUCGUUUAGCUCAACAAAUUAUAUCAGGUGUACGUCCUGUUAUUCCGCAACAUUUUCUAAAAUGUUCUCCUAUCACCUUAAUCGAUUUAAUGACUUAUUGUUGGGCAUCCGAUGCAAAUCGACGACCAACAGCUGAACAAAUUGUACAUUUAACUAAUCCAUCUACAAUACAAUUAUUGUCAUUAUCUUCAUUCAAUGAAAUCCCUAUCAAUCAGAAUAAUUUGUCAACUUGGAAAUUAUUCACCUGCAAAAAUAAUUGUUUCAAUUAUAUUCAAUCAGUUUAUUCAAUUGAUGUUUUGAAAGUUGUUACUUGUGCUGUAAUAGAUAACAAUUACAAUUUAUGGCUUGGCGGUUAUAAUCAUCUUCAUGAAUCAUUGCAUAAUCAUAAUCAUAAUCAUAAUCAUAAUAAUAAUACUAAUAAUAGUAGUGUAAAAUCGAUUAAAUUCGGCUUAUUAUUUAUUAUCCCAUUAGAUAAUUUCUCUACUAAAACAUCCAUAUUAUUAGCUUCUUGGCCAAAAAUGUAUAUAUUUAAACAAUAUUUGAAAAAAUUUAUUCAUGACAAUGAUUUUUAUACCAAGCUGUCUGAUUGGCCAAUUCAUUUAUCUCUAUUGAAUAUUGAUGAUAAUGGUGAAGCGGUGAAAUCAAAUAAUAAAAAUUCAAUUGUUUCAUCGUUAUUAAUAACUUGUUUAACAUAUUUUGGUGAAUUACGAAUAUAUAAAUCAAAUAUUCAAAAUACUUCGAAGUAUAGCUGUCUGUUAAAAUUCAAACUAUCACAACAUUAUUCCACAUUGUAUGGAAAUUCUUUUCAACCAGUUCCUAUCAUACAACAAAUUGGUUGUUGUAUCAUGCAUCAUUGUAAACAGAAUAAUAAUUCAGAUUGUCGCUCAUCAUCAUCAUCAACAGCAGGAGCAACAGCAGCAACAUUAUUUAUCCUAUGCUUAUUAGAUUCACAAAUUUGUAUUGUAAAAAUUUGUAUUUCUUCUAAUUUGGCAUUGAAAUUUGAACGAGUUGUUUUAAUGAGUGCAGAACAACAAAAACCUAUAUAUGUAGGUGUUAUUCUUCCGGAAAUUUGUGGUUCUCAUGUUUGGCUUAGUCAAAAUGACGGUAAAUUACUAUGUUAUACAUGGGAUGAUUCAGACUGUGGGAUUCACUCCUCUUCCACCACCACCUCAUCAACAUCAACAUCAUCAUCAUCAAGUUGUUUAAAGCUUCAUUCCUAUUGGUUUGUUCCUUCAUUGUUCAAUUCAAAAUCGCCUGUAGUCACUCAUUUUUUGAUUGGAAAUUCAAUAGGAACCGAUAAUCGUCAAGAAUGUUUGUGCAGUGAAGUUGAUCAAAGUGAACAUGUUUGUGUUUGGACAUAUUUAGAACCAGAUGGAAAACUUGACUGUUGGUCAGCUAUUUCACAAACUCUAUUGAAAAGUAUCAGUUUAACAUAUCAAUUGGAUAGUGGUCUAUACACAAAGAAACUUCUAGCAUUCGAAAUCAUUGGAUCAGUUAGUACAAUGAAUUGGCUCUAUUCAUCAUCAUCAUCAUCAAAUAUACUUUUAUUAACAACUCAUGGUUAUUUAAUUCAUAUUAAUUUAAUAAAAUGUACCCAAAAUGUGAAUUCUUCUAUUAGUAAUCAUUCAACUACAACUUAUGCCUCAUAUACACCGAUGACAACCACAACAACACAAAGUCGUUCUCCAUCUUCACUAUUGUCGUCGUCGCCAUCUUCAUCUUCAUCAUCAUCAUCAACAUCAUCAUGUCAGUUGCUUCAUUAUCAUGGAACAUGUUCAAAUAAAGAUUUCUCUUUGAUUAUUCCAUUGACACAGUCAACACUGUCAUCUCAGGCAAUCAAAGAGAAUAUACCUAAAUGUAUUUUAACUAUUAGUAAAGGUUAUAUAAACCCACUGAAUUGUAUCACCCCUCAUCAUUGUCACUCUACUUCUAUUAUUGAUUCUACAUCGUUCAGAAGAGAUUUCACUGAGACAACGACGACGAUGUACGACACCAGUAAUAUCGAUGAUCAAGAGAAAUUUUAUUUAGUUAAAUUAUUUUGUGAUCAAUUUUUAUUUCCAUAAUGAAUUGUUUGUUUUUUUGUCAAUCGAGUUUUAUUAAAAGCAUUUCUUCUUGUUUUGAUCAAUGUUCAAUUAUUAUUCUCUACACUACAAUUAUUUCCCCAAAAAUUCAUGAGCUACAUUUGACUGGCUGGCGCAUUCACAUUCACAUUUCCACUAGUUAGCAGAGAUAAUGUAUGUGUGUGUUUGUGUGUGUGUGUAUGUGUGGUCAGAUUAGCUGAUUUUACUACGAUGAUCUUCUUUGUAUGCACACAAUGUUUGUAGUGUGUGUAUUUUAUUUUCUGAUCUUAUUUAUUGUCUAUGAUGUUUUUUUUAAUUUUUUGUUUCUAAAACUUUCUUUAUAUAUUUUUUAAACAUUACUGUGAUAAUAUUUGUAUAAAAAUUUAGAGAUCAUUUGAAUAUAUUGAAUAAGAUUAAUUUUAUUUAAUAUUUUGCGUUAUAUUUGUUUGUUUAAAUGAAUAAAAUGAUAUUAUAG